GCAGCUCGGGGACGGUUUGGUGGAUUACACAGGCCACUAAUCAGCUUCUUUGUUCCCCUUUCUCCACAGUGUGACCCACCUCUAGAAGUCAAAGAUUUAUUCGUUGAUAUACAAGAUGGCAAAAUCCUAAUGGCUUUGUUAGAAGUCCUGUCUGGGCGAAAUCUGCUGCAUGAGUACAAAUCCUCAUCCCAUCGUAUUUUCCGGUUGAACAACAUAGCAAAAGCACUUAAGUUUUUGGAAGAUAGCAAUGUAAAGCUAGUUAGCAUCGACGCGGCGGAAAUAGCGGACGGCAACCCCUCCCUGGUUCUUGGGCUGAUAUGGAACAUAAUCCUCUUCUUCCAGAUUAAGGAACUCACGGGCAAUCUCAGCAGAAACUCUCCAUCUUCCAGCCUGUCACCUGGCUCGGGGGGCACAGACUCAGACUCCUCCUUCCCACCCACACCCACCACGGAGAGGAGCCUGGCGGUAUCGGUGAAAGAUCAGAGGAAAGCUAUCAGGACCCUGCUGGCAUGGGUGCAGAGGAAGACGAGGAAGUAAGCCAUCGCGCCUUGUCCCCAC